UUCCUGUUUACGUUCGCCGAGCGCUUCCACAGUGCGAGAAGAAACAGCAGACGUCGCGAACUGCACCUGGAAACAGGCUCCGCGUUAGUUUUGUUCAGAGCCGUCGCUGUCCGUGCGUCUGCAGCCGAUCCUGUCUGUUAGGCAGGCCGUUUCAAUGCAUUUCAGAGAAGCUUUACCGCCGCGCAGAUGGACGCUGUUGAUCUGUUUUCAAGCUGCAGAAAGGGCGACAUUGCCAGAGUGAGAUACCUGGUUGAACAGAGGGACGUAGAACUGAACAUCAGAGAUAAGUGGGACAGCACACCUCUGUAUUAUGCAUGUCUCUGCGGACAUGAAGAGCUGGUGCAGUACUUGCUUGCCAACGGAGCAAAGUGUGAGGCGAACACGUUUGACGGCGAGCGCUGUCUGUACGGAGCGCUGAGCGACCCCAUCCGCCGCCUGCUUAAAGAGUACAAGCGCAUCACGGCCAAGGCCAUGCAGAGGGACUAUUACGACCAGUUCCUGCAGACGCUUUUGGAGCAGGGAAACUACGGCGACGUGACGUUUAUGGUGCACGGCGAGAUGUUUAAGGCGCACCGCUGCAUCUUGAGCGCCAGAUCUGAGUACUUCGCUCACAUGCUGGAGACCAAGUGGAGGGGGAAGGCUGACAUCCCCCUCAAACAUCCACUGGUCAACCCUGCUGCGUUUGGCGCGAUCAUGCAGUAUUUCUACACUGGCCGUUUGGAUAUAGAUGUGAAUUACGUGGAGGACUGCAAGCGUUUGGCCAAACAGUGUAAGAUCAGCGAGCUGAUCGAGGAGCUGGAAGUGAAGUGCAAACAGGUUUAUGAGUUCGUGUCUAACAAGCCCGGGACGUGCGUGAAGGUGCUGACUCUGGACCCUCAUGACUUUCAGCUGCAGGACGGAAUGGCUCUGCUGGCCGACAGCGCACUUCCUGCUGAGCUGCGGGUUGGAUACGGUCAGCUCCCGUUCGAUCUGACUGAUAGUUUUCCCAGUUACCCUGACAUCUGCUUCCGGGUGGAGGGCUAUGACUUCCUGUGUCAUAAGGCGUUUUUCUGUGGCCGUAGCGAUUAUUUUAAGGCGCUGUUGGAGGAUCAUUUCAGCGAGGGUGAAACUCUGCAGACUCAUCCCAGUAUUCCUGUCAUCACCCUUCAUGACGUGUCUCACGAUCUGUUUACAAGAAUCCUUUAUUACAUUUACAGCGAUAACACUCAGCUCUCUCAUGAGAACGUGUAUGAGGUUCUGUGCGUGGCUGACAUGUACCUGUUACCGGGUCUGAAGCGUCUGUGCGGCAGGACUCUGGCUGUGCUGCUGAAUGAGGAGAACGUGCUGCACAUGUGGAAGACGGCCAAACUCUUCCGGCUGUCGCGCCUGGAGGACCAGUGCACGGAGUACAUGGCCAAGAUCAUAGAGAGGCUGGUGGAAAGGCCGGAGUUUGCUGACAUGAUCAGAGAGGAUGCUGGGAACGUGGCUGCCAGGCAGGAAACCGACUCCAUCCCUCUGGUAGACGAGAUCCGUUUCCACAUCGCCAGUAACGUUCAGACGUACAGCGCCAUCGAGGAGGCGAACCAGAAGCUCAGCGCCCUGGAGCUCCUGCUGGCCAGCAUCGGGCUGGAGUGCUGAGAAGCACGAGCCGCCGGAUCCGUCCGAUGCUUCGCGCGCACAAAUAACCCGUAGCAAACUAGCACCACGUAUAUGGUCAAUUCUAACCAAAAACAAGCGUAUGUAGAGUCAUUGUGCGUCGCGCUGCAGUGGCCUGCUGUGAUGCGGUCAAGCUUCCUGUCUUCAGUUGUUUUCGUUGUGUUUUUUUAAUGAGCGAGAAGAGAGACGAAAGCUUGACGUUCUGGUUAUUUCACCGGUAGUGAGCCUUAUAUAUCAGAACAAGUUCUUGACGUUUGCACAUACGCCGUUCGCUCUUCCACGUGCGUCGCGACCGAUGUAGCGGAAUAUUUAACAAGCUUCAUAGGAGACCCCGAAACGUUGCGGACUAUGCUGUUACGAUUUGAGCCAACGAUUAAAUGUAGGGUGAGGACGAUUUAUUGAAAUGCAUUUAAGAGAAGGAGUGCAUCGAAAAAUAAUCUCUUUUUGAGAUGUUAACGUUUUAGGUUAAUCCCUUUUUGAUCCAAGGAUGAAUUCUGAAAGGCGUUGGUGUGAUAGUUUGCCAUUUGUUUAACCAAACAGGUGAUUAUUUAUGCCUUGCGACGCGUGCUCACUUAGAAAUGUAUCUUCCGGCACUGAUAGAGAAGUUUUCCAGCUUUGCAUCCACAGACUUCUGGUAAUACGCAUGCAAUAUUUGCAUAAAGUCACUCAGUCAGGAUACGUCCUAAAGCACUUAAUAUUUCUCCAGCUAUAUUUUCUUUCUGCAUCGCUUUGAUUUUAUUUGGUAGCCUUUUAUUUAUUGUAUUUUACGUCGGUCUUAAAGCAUAUCCCGUGCUUAUUUGCUCAGCGGCACUUGUUUAUGUUUGUUUCUGAACAUCCCGCAUCUGAGACCUGUGCGUGGACUUUGACGUCCGUUUACUAGCUGAUUUUCUUUCCUAUGAUUCAUCGUGGGACGCUCCGACUGAAUGGGAUGUACAUACAUGAGCAAAAAUAAAUAUUAUUUAAUGUA